AUGGGAGGAGUGGACGCUAUACACAUGCCCCCUGGGUCCAGGGUUCUGUACCUCGGAGCGGCCAGUGGGACCAUAGUCAGUCAUGUGUCGGAUAUUGUUGGCCUGGAGAGCCUCGUGUACUCAGUAGAGUUCUCCCACCGGUCGGGCAGAGAUCUGAUCAUUGUAGCCAAGAAGCGCACCAAUAUUGUCCCUAUUAUAGAAGAUGCUAGACAUCCACUCAAAUAUAGAAUGCUGGUGGGUAUGGUGGACACGAUAUUCGCCGACGUGGCUCAGCCAGACCAAGCUAGGAUAGUGAGCCUGAACGCGCAGCACUUUGGAAGAAUGGCGGGCAUUUUGUUAUUUCAAUUAAGGCUUUCUGCAUAG